CCACAAGUCAGGACCCUGUCAGCAUGGCAGGGAAGUGUGACACCAUCUACCAGGGCUUUGCUGGCUGCCUGAUCAGCCUGGGGGACAGCAUGGCCCAGAGCGUCCGGCGGCAGCGGGAGGAGGGCGGCAAGGAGGCGCAGGAGCUGGACAAUCUCCCCAGGUCCUGGGAUGACUUUCAUGCCUGUGCCAGCGAGGUGCUGUCGAGCUGCCCUGAGGAAGCAGCCGCCAUCUGGGAAUCGCUGCGGCAGGAGUCCCGUAAGAUCCAGUUCCAGGGGAACCUGCAGGAGCUGUGCAGCGCCCGGGGACGCCUGGCGAGCACCCAUGGCUCACCAGCUGCUGAGACCAACCAGGCUACACUGCGGGGCUCGGCCACCCCCCCGCGCCCCCAUCUCCUGGCCCUGCUGGCCCUGCCACUGCUGGUGCCCCGACUCUAG